CGCCCGUGCGCGCUGGCAGCCAGGGGAGGCGUGUGCUGCUCCCGCAGCCAGCCAGCCACAGAGCAAGACUGAGAUGGAUACUGGAGAAGGAAUCCAGGCUUAACAAGUGAUCGCUGCUGUCUAGGAUUUUGAGUCUUUUUCGGGGGAACCUUGGCUGCAGUUCUCAGCCCAGGUCUGCUCUGCUGAACUCCAGAGGAACCAGGAAUCUCUGGGGUCUACCUUGGAGCGUCCCUAAUCCCCACCUCUGGUCUCCAGUAACGAGGACUCUGUGAAACCCCCCACCCCCCACCCUGGCCAACGCGACAGAACUUGUUCCAUGGAUAUUUGGGAGCCUCCACCUGCCAAAUCCGAGUGAUUUCUUGUACUGCUCCCCCACCCCCAUGAUUCUGCCCCUCCUCCAGCUGUUGCAGCUUGAGGGGGGAAACAAAUCACCAGGGGAUUUUUCUCUAUUUUUAUUUUUCUCACUUGCUGGGAACGGUGAAGUGCUUCUUCUGAAUGAGUUAGCCAAAGGAUGCUCUUCAUUUCCUGAUUUCUAUGGAGACCUCAGAGUUGGGUUUGCCUCUGCUGGAACCUCAUCUUCUACCCUGUCUGCCUUCCAAGGUCUCUGCCUCUAUCUACCACAUGGUGUUGUCUGUGGGUCGAUGAAGCCUUUGAUGAUCUUAGAGAGAGCCUGGGAAGUCUUCCUCAUAUACUGAGCAGCAAUGGUUGGACAUAUUCUAAGGCACAUUUUAACAUGGGUCAAGCCAUCACUAGAAGGCAAGUGCUAAGACUAAAGACUUAUUUGCAUUUUAUUUAAAUUGGAUGGACUGGGCUUUGGACAAUUUCCAUGCAGAAAAUUAUAUUUCAUUUUCUAGGCACAACUUCUGGCUGUCAGAUACUUGCUGCCUUUGAGUCUUGCAGCGUCAUCACCCACCGCAUCCCAGACAUACUUCCAGAUUUGAACAUCUACCCCAAGACACGUAGGUGUUUGGGAGACCGCAACAUUUCAUGACUUAUGUUUGAGGAGCACUAGGCUGUUGUCUAGACUAGCCAAGCUCUGGAAAGCAACGCUGAAUCUCUGAGAAGAGGGAGCAUGGGGUGUACUGAUUUAAAAACAGAAAAUGCAAAGUUGGACUGAAAAUAUCCCAAGUCUUCCAGGCAAUCUGCUUAAGGCUUCCAAACUUACCUUAAUUUGGUAAGAAAAUAAACUGCCCUAUUUUUCUUUCUUCUUCUCUUACAACUGGAACCAGCCAUUUCCCCAAACCACCAUGGAGGUUGCAAUGGUGAGUGCAGAGAGCUCAGGGUGCAACAGUCAUAUGCCUUAUGGUUAUGCAGCCCAGGCCCGGGCCCGAGAGCGGGAGAGACUUGCUCACUCCAGGGCAGCUGCAGCUGCUGCUGUGGCAGCUGCCACCGCUGCUGUCGAAGGCACUGGGGGUUCUGGUGGAGGUCCCCACCAUCACCACCAGACGCGUGGGGCCUACUCAUCCCAUGAUCCUCAAGGUAGCCGAGGUAGUAGGAGGAGGAGGCGUCAGCGAACUGAAAAAAAGAAACUCCACCAUCGGCAGAGCAGUUUUCCUCAUUGCUCAGACCUGAUGCCCAGUGGCUCUGAAGAGAAGAUCCUGAGGGAGCUGAGCGAGGAAGAGGAAGACGAGGAGGAGGAGGAUGAGGAGGAAGAGGAGGGAAGGUUUUACUAUAGUGAAGAUGACCAUGGGGAUGGAUGUUCGUAUACAGAUCUGCUGCCACAGGAUGAUGGGGGUGGUGGUGGCUACAGUUCAGUUCGCUACAGUGACUGCUGUGAACGUGUGGUGAUAAAUGUGUCUGGUCUACGCUUUGAAACCCAAAUGAAAACUUUGGCCCAGUUUCCAGAAACUCUGUUGGGAGACCCUGAGAAGAGGACUCAGUACUUUGACCCUUUGCGCAAUGAGUAUUUUUUUGAUAGGAACCGCCCCAGCUUUGAUGCCAUUUUAUAUUAUUACCAGUCAGGAGGCCGCCUGAAGAGGCCAGUCAAUGUGCCCUUUGAUAUCUUCACUGAGGAGGUGAAGUUCUAUCAGUUGGGAGAGGAAGCCCUGCUCAAGUUCCGGGAGGAUGAGGGCUUUGUGAGAGAAGAGGAGGACAGGGCUUUGCCAGAGAACGAAUUUAAAAAACAGAUUUGGCUUCUCUUUGAAUAUCCGGAGAGUUCUAGUCCUGCCAGGGGCAUAGCCAUUGUAUCUGUCCUGGUCAUCUUAAUCUCCAUUGUCAUCUUUUGCCUGGAAACCUUGCCAGAAUUCCGAGAUGAUAGAGAUCUCAUCAUGGCCCUGAGUGCAGGUGGGCACAGCAGGUUGUUGAAUGACACAUCGGUACCCCACCUGGAGAACUCAGGGCACACAAUAUUCAAUGACCCUUUCUUCAUCGUGGAGACAGUGUGUAUUGUGUGGUUUUCCUUUGAGUUCGUGGUUCGAUGCUUUGCUUGUCCCAGCCAAGCUCUCUUCUUCAAAAACAUCAUGAACAUCAUUGAUAUCGUCUCCAUUUUGCCUUACUUCAUCACUCUGGGUACUGAUCUGGCCCAGCAGCAAGGAGGUGGCAAUGGCCAGCAGCAGCAGGCCAUGUCCUUUGCCAUCCUCAGGAUCAUUCGUCUGGUCCGAGUAUUCCGGAUCUUCAAACUCUCCAGACAUUCCAAAGGCCUGCAGAUCCUGGGCCACACCCUCAGAGCCAGCAUGCGGGAACUGGGCCUUCUUAUCUUCUUCCUCUUCAUCGGGGUCAUUCUCUUUUCCAGUGCUGUGUAUUUUGCAGAGGCAGAUGAACCCACGACCCAUUUCCAAAGCAUCCCAGAUGCAUUUUGGUGGGCUGUAGUAACCAUGACAACUGUGGGCUACGGGGACAUGAAGCCCAUUACAGUGGGAGGAAAGAUUGUGGGGUCCUUGUGUGCCAUUGCGGGUGUCUUAACCAUUGCUUUGCCUGUGCCGGUGAUUGUGUCUAACUUUAACUAUUUCUACCACAGAGAGACUGAAAAUGAGGAACAGACCCAGCUGACACAAAAUGCAGUCAGUUGCCCAUACCUCCCUUCUAAUUUGCUCAAGAAAUUUCGCAGUUCAACUUCUUCAUCCCUGGGGGACAAGUCAGAGUAUCUAGAGAUGGAAGAAGGGGUCAAGGAAUCUUUAUGUGCAAGGGAAGAGAAGUGUCAGGGAAAGGGGGAUGAUAGCGAGACAGAUAAAAACAACUGUUCUAAUGCAAAGGCCGUGGAGACUGAUGUGUGAAGUGUUUUUUCCACCCGCCACUGCCCCCCAUCUCCAAAUAUAUUUAUGCAUAGAGAGUGCAGUUAUGAAAAUGAAAUAUGCAAAUGAUUGCACUGCAUACAGUAGUACGCUGUUUAAUGGUAAUACAUGGCAUAAUUGUGACUAAACUUGUAUUGCAUAUCAAAUAAAUGAUACAUCUUGGAGAAGAGGGAGGUUUAAAUAGAGCAGAUCUAUCUUUAUAUUUUUUAAUAGAAUGAAAGAAUUUUGCACAUAAUGAGAAAAAUAUUAAUAAUAAAGAUGGUCCUGAGGAGAGAGAGAGUGUGUGUGUGUAUGUGAGAGAGAGAGAGUGUGUGUGAGUGUGUGUGCACAGGGGUACGGAAGUAAAUUGUCAACACUGUUGGGAAUUGUGCUGUGAUGGGAAAAGUUGGCAUUCUGAAGUAUUUACUAUGUAAGAACUAAUGAAUUUGAGCAGUCUUUUAUCAGUGUUUUAAUAACAUCUAUGUCUUUUGAUUCUGUAGUUGUUUUUUUAGAAAUUGUAAGAAUUAUUGUGUAGAAAAAAGAGAAAGUAAAUUAUUUAAUAGAAUAUAGGUCACAAUUUAAUCUUGGAUUUAAUUAAAGUUUAUUUUUAACUGGAAAUUAACUUUUGAAAAGGCUGCAGGGGCCUUUAGAAAUUGAUUAUAUUUUAUUAUUAAUUUUGGGGAGGUAUAAUAGCAAAUGCCUAACAUUCUGGAGGAAAUGUAACAAGUUUUGUUCACAGGUCUUAAGACUGGAAUUUUUUUCUUUUGCACUACUUUCUAUGCUGAAGACUGAGAGAGACUUCAUACUGUGAAUGUUUACUAAUGUACCAAUCAGUUCAAUGACAAUCAUUGGAAGAAUGAUUUCUUAGUCUUAUUUUAUCAUUCUUUUCUUUUUGUGAGACUAAUGACCACACAGAUGACAGCACAUGAUUCCUGUUUUAAAAUCUGAGCAACUGAUCUACAAAGGGACUAUGAAGUAAAUUCCACAACUGAAUCUUUUGAAAUUGGUUUGUUACAAUGAUGCUUCAGAAACUAUACUAUUUUAAAUACUCUUAUGCCUUUUAAUUCCACAAUAAUUUAACCAAAGUUAUUGCAUGCACAGAAAGAAUUCUUGAAGAAAUAAGGCACCCAGCAGCUACAACAAUUAUGGCUUAAGAUCUUUUUAUUAAAUAUGCAACAAAAUGAUAGAUCUAUGUUCAUUUUGUGUAUGUGUGUAUGUGUGUAGCCACAAAAAGCCAAAAACCCCCACAAAAAUGAAAACCACAAAAUGUGGGGGUUCACCUUAAACACUAAAGCAUUCUGCUAACACUGAGCUAGAGAGGAAUGUUUUCAGAACAUUAGGUUUUCUCAUCACUACUGUAAUCAAUACCACGUCUAUCACAUGGGGUUUCAGAGUACUACACUUCCAUUUAACUUACAACAGGUAUUCUUGAAUUUGCUGGAGCACCAAAUGAUGAGCCUUGCACCACUGCAUCACAAUGAAAGACAGCUCAGAAUACUGGGUAUAAACACAUAAGAAGCCUUACUCCCAUAUAUAUAUAUAUAUAUAUAUAUAUAUAUAUAUAUAUAUAUAUAUAACAAAACACAGUCUUCUUUACAAAGAGUUGCCCUGAAAAUUAUGGGAAAAUCCUGUGCCCACUAUUUCAUUCUGCAAAAAACUUGACAAGUUUGAACAAACCCCCAGAAACCAAAAAUAAACAACAAAAGAAACACCCUACACCAUCCUCAUCUUUGGUUUUCUCAAAUACUUUUGGCCCAGGAAGUCAUUGGAUACAUUCUGCCUCUCCUUUAAUGGUAUUUGAAGUGAAAAGAAUUCUAGUCUAUCAAUUCCUCUCUUCCUGUGUUUGGUCUGUACUCAUAGGGAAGCGUUUUUCUGGAAUUCCUGGAGGAGAAGGAAAGACAGCAAGCAGUGGAGGCAUUUGUGAUCAGGAUUUCAGAAAUGACAUUCUGAUUCUAAUACAUUGUAUUAGAGCAAAAUGUAAUGAGCCUUUGACAGGCAUGGUCAUAAUCCCUUUACAAAAUCACUUAAAUAUGUCUAUACAUCAUUUUUUAAUGAGUAGAAAAGCAUGUUAAAUCAUAGAAUUUGGGAAAGCAAAGGAAGCUUAGAAACUCUGAAAUAUUGAGUUCAAUGCAAGUGCUAGCUAUGUUUUCUAAGCAUUUAAUGUUUCUCUAGCAUAGAGCAUCCAUUGAGUAUUUUGUAGGAAUAACAGUAAUGCUUUAUCCGUGACAAACAGGAAAUGUAUUUAAUGAUAAUUCUGAGACUUUGUAAGCUACAGAUAAUUAAGAAACCUGGAAGCUUCCUUUAUUUCACAGAGAGGUUUGUUUGUUUGUUUUUGGAAACUGAUUGAACUGCCAGUCAUGUGCUCUCAAACCAAGUAUUAGAUCAUCAUUCAAAGUCUGUUUUCCUCCGUGCAUUCAUCUUAAGGUGCAUGGAUCAAUUUUACCUUGAGAGGAAAGCUUUUAGGCCCCUGUGCCUUGAGGGUGGGGAUUCCUACAUGUAGUACAUCUUCAAGUGGAAGUCAGCUAUUCAGUUAAGCUGUAAAUUGACAUGAUUUUCAAGUUCAAGCUAUGCAAAGUGCUUUAGAACCUUUGUGAUGAUUUCCUACCCAGAAAAAUGCUGCUGUGUAAACUGACUUUGGAAACUGUAUUUUCUUAGAUGCCACCAUACAGGUUUGAAAUAUGUACAGGUUGACCCUACAGGGAAGAAAAAAGAAGUGAUGCCAUUCAAGAUGAAGAUGCUUGGGAUCAGAGGUCCUUUUCAGAUGACAAUAUCUAGAUCAGAGUGUCUGAAUGUCAUCUUAAUCAGGAUUAUUUCACAGGUGGACACAGCUAUUUCUUAUAAUGUCUUGAAAAGGAGGCAGUGAUGUGUAAUGGUUGUGGGGAAGAAAGGAAGGAUAGAUACUCUUUUCGUUUCUGUGAAAGGAGAGAGUGCCAGAGGAGUGACGACUGAUGAGAACUGUGGACAGACUGUGCCAUUUGAUUCUUAGGCUUCCUUGUUUCUUCCUUUUAAAAAUAAAAAUUGUAAUGUUGGUACAUUUUUAUUUGGUCUCUUUUAGUACCUAAAUCUACCAAGAAGUUGAUAAGACUAUUUUGAUUUAACUAAAUACCCCAUUGAGAUGAUAGCACCGUCUGUAAAGGUUAGGUGUUUUCUUUAAGUAACAACCGUAUAAUAUUCAUAGUCAUUUUCUAAUCAUUGUAGCAUUAAAUGAAAAAGCAGGAGUUGGAAAAUUUUAAAAUAUAAACUCAACUGAGUGAAUAGGAUGUAUUUUUAAGCUCUUUAUUCUACAAUCUUAUAAAGGGAAGGGAUUCAAUUAGUGAAAUAUACCUCCUUUGUCUCCAGUUGAAUACAUACAAGUGAAGGUUGGUAAGUAAAUAUUUUUAUUUUUUUGCUUUAUCGAAGAACAGUGUUGUCACAGUGUUCUGACCUGUGGAAACUCACUUUAUGCUUAGACAUAUGUAGUACUUUACGAGCACUUUUUUCCAUUUCUUGUCAAGUUUGUCUCACAUAGAAUCGUUGAAACUUUGUAAAACAAAAUGAAAAACCCUUUCCAUUAAGCAUGAAUAUGUUUAAGUAGAACGCAAACUAUGAAUAAGAUAUAGCUAAGGAAAACACACAGGGUUAACAUAUGUAUUGUCCUUGUUCAUAAAAAGUCAUUGAUAAUCAAUGGGAAAUGAUUUUCAUCUGACAUAAAUAAUAACAGAGUAUCCUGUUUUUCAGCCGACUUAGAAAUGGGGUUGUCCAUUGCUAAUUUUCAGGGCACUGGUGCAUCUGUCAUAUUUGUGCUAUUACGAAGUAGAGUGGAAAUAUACAUGGAAAUUUUGUUUACAUUUUUAAAAGUAUUCCUGUGGUGAUGGGCUCAUGUGCACCAUUCAGAGUGUAAUGGAUAUUUUGUGUCUUUUUUUUUUAUUGAUACAGUUUAGAAUGGUUAUGGGCUGUCAUUCAGUGGCAAAAGGGCCUGUUCCAGGAUAUCUUCUUGACCCAAAAGUCAUUCUGAAUUCUGCAAGGGACAUUUGAUAUGGACAAAAGGUCUGCUGUCUGUUACACAUCCAUUAGAAUUUUGGUGAAGAAUAAUGAAUCAUCAACUUCUGUUCAAAGUUUAAUUGCGUCUCCGAUAUCUAGUUAUCACAAUACAUGGACACCCUGUGGACUUUUGGCCUUAAAGAGCAAGAAAGGGGAGUUUUUGAGCAAGAACUAGAACUAUAAAAACUUUCUAUAAACUGGAAGAUACUUUCACAAUGGAACAUGAAGCCAACCAAUUAAUCAUGCAUAGAUAAUGGAUUCCUGUUGUCAAUCUGCAACAUGAUUGUCUUCGGUUUGCUUCAAGCAUGUGAAAUAAAAUAAAGCAUGGGAAAUAAAAUAAAAAUGUAGAACUUUUA